GCAUGAAAGGAGGAGGAACUAGUCGAUGGGAUGAUGAGGAUGACUUCAGCCUUGAUUUUGGACCCUCUCGUUCCAGCAGAUCUGGCAGAGGGCAAGGUCGUGGGGGCAGUCAUACUGGGGGCAGUCAUACUGGGGGCAGGGGUCGAGGUAGAGAGAGGGGAGGUAGGAGUCAGCAACCUCUUCCUUCUCAGAAAAGAGGUGGCAAGGUUUUACCAAGUUCUCUGGCGAGAAUCAGAUCAUCCCCAAAGUCGGUGGAUUUCAACAUCCGGGAGGCGAGCUCUAUACCUAUGCAGAAGAUCUUCAUGACUAAUGAGAACCAAAAACAACUUGUGGAGCUACUGCGUGAUCUGCAGACUGAGGAUCUUUAUGAUGAAUCUGGUUCAGAUCAUGCAGACGGAGAGGAAGAGGAGGAGGAAUAUGAUGAGUUGGAUCACAGAGAAGAUGGUCAGUUUUGGGUCACUAAUGAUGAGCCGGUGGAGAGAGCAGAAAGCCCGUCAUAUGAGCCCGAGUCUGAUGAUGAACGACCUUCCCCUGAACCUGUCAUCUCCUUAUUUGCAAUAGGCAAACUCUGCAGGUAUGGAUUUGACAGGGAGCGUGGUAAGCUGGCACUGGUGUCUAGUGGAGGAGAUUUUGGAACAACUUUGGAACAGCUCCUCCACCAAGUUUUUAGUGAGCGUUUCGGCCUGAAAGCAGUUUCUCCUGAUGGACUUGGGGGACUGCCUAUGGAUGAGUGUUUGAGUCAGAGGCAGGAGGAGGCUCUGGCUCUAACUGCCAUUUUUGGUGAUCGCUUCAAUGAGCGUAUUGCUAAUACAGUGUGGACAAUAACCCUGGACCCCUCAUUCAUGGCGGCCAGCAGUGGUACACAUGAAGUUGAUAGUAGAGGUGGUGGAGGGUCUGUUGACAUCCGUGAUGUCUGCAAAUUCUUCUUGAAAGGACAAGGCUGCCGCUUCGGGAACAGGUGUAAAUUUAAACACCAGCUUCCCACCAAAGGCAGGUCUGGAGCUGGUUCCCCUGACCUGAAUGGCCCGAGCAACCCCGGAUUUAGUAGUUACUCUCCUCCCGAGUAUGAAGUAGAGGUGCGUUUCCCCAAAGGAAAUCGAUACCCAUUUCAGGCACCAAUAGUUGCCUUCAGCACCAACGAUGAAUCUUUUGGAGCUGCAGGGCGGCUCAGUGUGACUGAGAGAUUAUUUGAAGAGGCAUUCAAUGCAGCAAAGAGCAGCGAACCUGUUGUCUAUACUCUGGUCACCUUGUGCGAGGAUGAAAAUGUCAUGAAAGAACUGCUGGCUGUCGGUCACCACAAAUACAGCACGCCACCACCUGUUGUGGUGGUACCUCCACCCCCUGCUGCCAUAGUCAAGAGUAAGAAUGUGAAGAGUAAAGUAUCGGAGGAAAGAAGGAGUAGUAGUACUACAAGUAGUAAUCAGACUAACAGCAGAAGGACUGCUUCAUCCAACAACCAAAGACCCACUGAUUUGAAAGAGCCGAGCGAGGCAGAGGAGCUGGAUGAGAGGGAGGGAGAUCGAGAACAUGAAGCUGUUCUUGUUCAUAAUGAGAGUUAUGUCAGUCAGAGGAAGAUGGUAAAUAGGUACAAUGUAAAGACAGAAAACUCACUGCAAGAAAACCGCAAGCUGUGUCGAGACUUCCAAAAGAAAAGGUCAUCAAAGCUUUUCCUGUCCAUGCUGGAGCAGAGGAAAAGUCUGCCGGCUUGGCAAGAAAAAGACCACAUCCUUGACCAGUUGGAGCAAUGUCAGAUGCUGGUGAUCAGCGGGAUGACAGGGUGUGGUAAGACCACUCAGAUCCCUCAGUUCAUUCUGGAUGCCUCAUUACGUGGCUCAGCAGAGCAAGUCGCAAACAUAAUCUGUACCCAGCCACGCCGCAUAUCUGCCAUUUCCGUGGCUCAGAGAGUUGCAAAGGAGCGUGCAGAGAGUCUUGGCAACUCUGUAGGAUACCAGAUCCGUCUGGAGAGUGUCAGGUCAUCUGCCACCAGACUUCUGUACUGCACUGUAGGCGUGUUACUGAGGAGACUGGAGAGUGAGACAGACCUCAAAGGCGUCACACACAUCAUUGUGGAUGAGGUGCACGAGCGCACAGAGGAAAGUGAUUUCCUGCUGUUGGUGCUCAAAGACCUGACUGAGCAGAGACCAGACCUGAAGAUUAUUCUCAUGAGUGCGACACUGAAUGCCAACCUCUUUUCUGAAUAUUUUUACAACUGUCCUUCUGUCCAUAUACCAGGGCGGACCUUUCCUGUCGACCAGUUUUUUCUUGAAGAUGCUAUUGGUAAAACUGGCUACGUCAUUGACGAUGGCAGUCCGUACUUGCGCUCAGGGAAACAGAAUUCUUCCUCCACGGGUGGACGAACAAGCAAGGUACAGCCGAGGGACAUGGAGGAUGAUUCGUCUAAUGACGGGUGGAACUUCUCGUCUUUCUGCAAGAAGGACUUUAUCAAAGACUCGAUCCCAGACCAGCAGCUCAGCCUGCAGGAUCUCACAAUCAGAUACAAAGAUACAAAGAAGUCCGUGUUAAAGACCCUUGCUGCAAUGGACCUGGACAAGAUCAACAUGGACCUGGUGGAGAACCUGCUGGAGUGGAUUGUAGAUGGAAAACAUAACUACCCUCCAGGGGCGGUGCUGGUGUUUCUGCCCGGCCUGGCUGAGAUCAAGAUGCUCUAUGAACAGCUCCAGUCCAACAGACUGUUCAACAACAGGGGCGCAAGCAGGUGUGUGGUGUACCCACUUCACUCAUCUCUGUCCAAUGAGGAGCAGGAGGCAGUUUUCAGUCGUCCCCCGGAGGGCGUCACAAAAAUCAUCAUUUCCACCAACAUUGCAGAAACAUCUGUCACCAUCGAUGACGUGGUAUAUGUCAUCGACUCUGGCAAAAUGAAGGAGAAAGGGUAUGAUGCAUCUAAGAGCAUGGAGAGCCUGGAGGAAUCGUGGGUGUCUCGGGCCAACGCGGUGCAGAGGAAAGGACGAGCGGGGCGCGUGGCCUCGGGGGUCUGCUUCCACCUCUUCACCAGCCACUGCUUCCAACACCAGCUGGCUCAGCAGCAGCUGCCUGAGAUCCAGAGAGUGCCUCUGGAGCAGCUCUGCCUGCGAAUCAAAAUCCUGGAGGUGUUCACUGAGCAAAAUUUGGAGUCGGUUAUCUCUCGGCUCAUCGAACCCCCAGCUAUGGGAAGCUUGGACGCAGCCAAACAGCGCCUGCAGGAACUGGGAGCUCUAACUGAUGAAGAGAGCCUGACCACGCUGGGCUACCACCUGGCCGCCCUGCCCGUCGACGUGCGCAUCGGGAAGCUCAUGCUGUUCGGAGCCAUCUUCCGCUGCCUCGACCCAUCGCUCACCAUCGCUGCCAGUCUGGCCCUCAAAUCACCAUUUGUGUCUCCCUGGGAUAAGCGAGAGGAAGCCAAUGACAAGAAACUUGCCUUUGCAGGGAACAAUAGCGAUCAUGUUGCUUUGUUAAAUGCAUAUAAGGGAUGGUGCCGUGCGGCAAGGAAUGGUUACAAGGCCAGUUCUGUUUACUGCAGAGAAAACUUCCUGUCCUGGCGAGCAUUACAGGAGAUUGCCAGUCUGAAGAGGCAGUUUGCUGAACUGCUGUCUGACAUUGGCUUCAUCAAGGAAGGACUAAGGGCCAGGGUGAUAGAGCGCAUGUCGUCUAAUGGCACUGACGGUGUUCUAGAGGCUACUGGCCCUGAGGGGAACUUGAACUCAGAAAACCUUCGUCUGAUGUCCGCCAUGCUGUGUGCUGCCCUCUAUCCCAAUGUGGUCCAGGUACUAGAGCCACAAGGGCAUUACCAGAUGACCAGCACAGGGGCAAUGAAGAUGCAACCUAAGGCCAACGAGCUGCGCUUCAUGACCAAGAACGAUGGCGGUGUUUACAUACACCCCUCAUCUGUUAACUAUAAGGUUCGUCACUAUGGAAGCUCCUACCUGGUUUACCACGAGAAGGUGAAAACAAGCCGCGUCUUCAUCAGGGACUGCAGCAUGGUGUCCGUUUACCCGCUUGUGCUAUUUGGAGGUGGUCAGGUCAACGUGCAGAUGCACAAGGGAGAGUUCAUCAUCAGCUUGGAUGAUGGAUGGAUCCGAUUUGCUGCUUCUUCUCAUCAGGUGGCCGAGUUGGUGAAGGAGCUGCGCUGGGAGCUGGACCAGCUGCUUGAGGACAAGAUCAGAAACCCGAGUAUGGACCUGUGCAACUGUCCCCGUGGCUCCCGCAUUAUCCGCAUGAUCGUCCACCUCAUCUCUACAGAGUAACUCUGUCCUAAAUAAACCCUUUUGUCCCUA